UUUUGCAAAAGAUUAAUCGCCUUGAAUAGAAAGUAACACACCCUUCUAAAUUUUGCAAAAUAUUCUGACCAGUGACCGACCAGUAUAAAAAGAAUAGAACUUUAUCCAGGAGGCAUAUUCUGUUCCUGUAGCUCAUCGGAUCAUCACUAGUUUUUAAAAAAUGGCAUCUCAGAUAAUUGUUUUCGCUGCUUUGCUCGCUGUUGUUAGCGCCGGAUUUUCUCAUCAAUCUGUUAGUCAGCGUGUACCAUCAUCCUACUAUACUGGUGGGCAUUACGCCGUGGAAGAACCCUACAUCCAUAAUGAUGACACAAUCAAGCACCAGCAUGAAGCCCGUCGUUUGGAUAUGACCCAUGGCCAAUACAGACUAGUUGAUCCGGAUGGAAAGCUACGCCUGAUCAACUACCAUGCAGAUCACCGUGCGCACUCUACUGAUCGGCCGCGACCAAGGGUUUUUGUACCCACCCUUCGUUCGUACGAUAGACCAGUCCACGCUUCAAACCUCCACACAGUUGCAGUGGAAACCCCUACCAUUCUUCAUAGCCAAAAUUUGAAACCGCUAGGAGCUCGACUUAUGAAAUCUCACAGCUUUCCAAAGAACGGAGGAUCCUCGAACAGUGUGCCAGUUUCUUAUUCCAGUAUUUCCCAGGUGCUACCGGUUGGAAGCUACGGACAGAAGGAGCUUCGUACAACGAGUCACGCCAGUCAACAUCCAUACUGAAAUGUUAAACGAACGAAAAAUUUAACUGUUGCGCAUCCUUCCGAGCAUUUGUAAAAUAAACUAAU